CAAGUGGUGCUGACCUGCUCCGUUUGAGUUCCUGGUUGCCAAACGCCAACAAGUGUUUGAUUCGAAAACUUAGACGCUCGAAACAGCCAUCGGUUUUCAGUUCUGCCCAACCCAAUUUUGUUUGGAUCUUUUUUCAAAUCAAUAACAAAACAACAAGAAUGAGACUGGCACUCAUCGUUUUGGCGCUGGCCUGCGCUGCUAUGGCCGAAGAGAAGGUGGUCGAGGCUCUGCCCGCCGCUGCCGCACUUGCCGCCGAGCCCGCCGAGGCCGCUGCCCCAUCCGCCGUUGAACCCGAAGCUGCCGCUUCCGCUCCCGAAGCCAGCAAACCGGGCAAAUCAUCGCGUUCGAACGAUCAGGCUCCCAAGGUCUACUACGCUCGUCCAGCACAGCCUCAAGCUGCUGCUCAAUCACGUGACGGAGCCCAUCACCACGAUCACGGCCAUGGUCAUCACGAUCACCACGCCGCUCCCGCUCCCAUCCAAUACUCUCAGCCAGCUCCUCAGUCGUACGAAUCUCAGCCAUCUUACGAUCAGGCUCCUCAACAGUACGCCCCUCAAGCUCCUCAGCCUUACGAGCAACAGCCGGCCCAGCCGUACAGUGCGCCAGCACCUUACGACGCGGCUCCUCAAUACCCUCAGGCCCCUGCCCCGGCUUACAGCGCCCCGGCUCCCGCUUACGACCAGCCGGCCGCUCCCGCUUACUCGACCCCAGGCCACCAGGGCUACUACUACUACUACUACCCCGUGAAGGAUUCCAAGGUGAAGCUGAAGCUCCCCAAGUUGCCCAAGCUCCCCAGCCUGCCCAGCCUCCACUUGCCCGAGUACUACGGAAAGGACGGUGGUGUCGCCUCUGUCAAGAGCUUUGGAGUCGCUGCCCUCACGGCCGCCCUCGUCGGAGUCGGUGCCUUCCUCUCUCUGCCCAUCAUCGGUCUUGGCGUCGGCAAACGCUCCUUCUCCUCCCUGUGGGAGAGCGAGUACUUGAGCCGCGACAACCUCAACGUCUUGGCCGAAUACAUCAUCAACAUCGUUGAUAACUACAAGCCCAGCAACCAAUAAGAAAGAAAAGAAGAAAUUCAUUUUUCAUCUUUCCCUUCUUUUUUUUUGUUUUUUUUUAUUGAAUCCAUUUUUUUUUUUCAUUGAAAAAGAAGUUUGGGUGAAGGACGGGCGGGACGAAUGACACGACCAGGAGUGUUUUCAUUCGAUUUUUUCCCCUAAUUUCGAAUUCUUUUUUUUUUUUUUAAUUAUUAUUCUUUAAUUCAAGAGCAAAACAAUUCCAGUACGUAUCGUCAUCGACUUUUCCCUCCUGAUUUUUUUUUUUUUUUAAUUUAAAACCUCCCAUUUAAAAACCAAUUUAAUUCUCUGACUUUUGACGACACGACGUUUUCACGAACGAAAUCUUUUCAUUUCAAAAAGGAGGCAAAUGGGAAAAGACGAAAGUGUCCCAAAAGUCAAUUCUCUUCCAUUUUCAAGAUAUUAGGACCACAGGACCCACAUGCAAAACGUAAUGGCAUUUGAUCGGGAGUCAAAAUUUAAUUUAUAACUUAAGAAAAACGAACAUUUUUGCAUUUGAAAAAUGGCCCCAUCGCAAAAACAAAAACAAAAAAAGAAACGCACCGACACCAAACGAAAAGAUAGAAGAAAACUGGUUUUAAAAAUCUUUUUUCGAUUGCUCAAAACCGUGCACACCCACGUACACAUUGAAAAAAAAAAAAAAAAAAGAAAAAAGAAAAUCAUUUGUCCGUUUUUUUUUUUUUUUUUUUCGGCCGGCCCGAAAAAAAAAAACAGACAAAUCCCUCAAAAACAUUCAAGGGAACUUCUUUUUUUUUUCUGAUUUUUUAAACCCGCAUUUGCGUUGUUGCGUGCGUGUGUGUGCGCGUGAUUGUGUGUGUUAAACCGUGUGUGUCGGAUCCUCCCCAAUAUUUUCUCUGCACUCUUCCACCUCCCCCAGCCCCCCCCCCGCCUUCAUUUUUGUCCUUUGCAAGCUAAACAUUCUCUAGUUGUCGUUGUUUUUAUUCAAACGACAACGUUACGCAAACAACAACUAAAAAAAAAAAAAACAAACAUGAAUGAAGACAAUUCAUAAUUUAUUCUCCUACAAUUUUUUGUUUUGUUUGAAACUAUAACUGCCUCCCAAAUUUUUUCUUUUCUAUUUAUUCGUUGUAGUUGUUUGUUUUCAAAAUCUGUCUCUCUCUCUCUCUCUCUCUCUCUCUCUUUCUAUUCGGUUGGAAAAAUGCAAACAACCGGAUUCCCUCAACACACAAAGAUAUGUACAUUGUGCGACCAAAUAAUACACACACCACAACAUCUCUUCCAAAAACAAAACCAAAACAAAACGAAAAA